AUGAUCAAUGACAAUGACUCCCCGCGAGCACGCGGCUAUGCUUCCCGAGUCUCCCCUUUGAACUCAGAUGAAAGCAGACUCUCUCAGUCCAAGCGCCAGGUCGACAUUCAGCAGGAUGCCCCCAAUCUGGUGACCGCUACCGCUUUAGCAGUCAUGCCCAACUGGACAAGCAUUUUCCUGAUGACCUCCUUGAUCUUCGGAGGAUGUUGUGCAAACGUAUUCGCAUUGGAGGCCAUCAUCAAGGAACAGCCGACGGCUGGUCCUCUCAUCACAUUCGCUCAGUUCAUUGUCUGCGCUCUCUUUACCCUCCCCCACUUCCUUUCUCCAACAGCAGGCCCAGGCGCCCUCUUCCUCAGCCCGCGCGCAAUUCCUUUGAAGUCAUGGUUGAUUUACACUCUCUACUUCCUGUCUGUCAAUCUUCUCAAUAACUGGGCGUUUGCGUAUAAAAUCUCUGUUCCGUUGCAUAUCAUCUUGCGUUCUGCUGGCCCCGUCGCCUCCAUGAUAAUAGGUUAUCUUUACAACGGGCGACGGUACUCACGUGGCCAGAUCGCAUCAGUGGCGAUGCUGACACUGGGCGUUGCGGCGGCAGCUAUGGCUGAUGCCAGGACGAAAGGCCCUGUACAGGUGGAAACGGAUUUGGUUACAACAUUGACCGGUUUCACUAUUCUCGCUCUCGCAAUGAUUCUUUCUGCUUUCCAGGGGAUCUUUGCGGAUCGUUUGUAUGCGACGUAUGGGCGAGAUCAUUGGAAAGAGGCGCUUUUCUAUUCCCAUGCCCUGUCACUGCCGGUCUUCUUCACGAGUCGGGGACAGCUGGCUGGGCAGUGGCGCGUUGUGGCAGAGUCGCCUUCAUUGGUGACUUUGGAGGGUUUGCAGGGGCUGUUACGCCUGGUUCCCAGUAGGGCUGUUUGGGGGCUAUUGGGUAUGAUUCCGGUUCAGGUGGCUUAUCUGGCGAUGAAUGCGUUGACGCAGUACUUGUGUAUUCGAGGCGUACAUCUCUUGUCAGCCAAGUCGAGUUCUUUGACGGUGACGAUUGUUUUGAACGUUCGUAAGCUUGCCUCGUUACUCCUAUCUAUCUACUUAUUCGGAAAUCAUCUGGCCGGGGGAGUGUUGGCUGGAGCGGCGCUGGUGUUUGUCGGUGGUGGUCUGUAUGGAUUCGAAGGGGCGAGGAUGAGAAACUUGGCGAAGAAAAGCCAGUGA